CACCCGGUCAGCAGUAAAGGUAAACGUGUGCCGGCGUAAACAUCAGGACAAAGAAAAUACUUUGGGAAUAUAAACUAAUCAAAUGGCAAUAAAACCGGCCGGUUUAAUUUUUAUUUGGAUACUUUUAAGUUUCCGCAGCCAUGGCAUUCACAUGGUAGAGAUUACAUCUGUUGCGCAGUUGGAUCGAAAUGAGAGCGUACUAAUUUUUGAUAUUCAUGGAAAACUAAAUGAACUGGAAAAAACCGUUUUGAGUAGCCAUAACAAGUUGUUGGAAACCCAAACGAAUUUAACCAAUUGCCUAAAUGGAAAUCCUCAAUUGAAUGGGCUUUUGGAAAAAUUGCACAAAUUGGAGGUUGGCCUCAAGGAAAUUCGGGCAAAUACCAAAAAGCCGGGGGAUAUUGUCAUACAACGACGCAUUGAUGGUUCGGAGGAUUUCUUCCGACCAUGGGCUGAUUAUAAAAAGGGAUUUGGCAAUAGUUCUGGAGAGUUUUUCAUUGGCCUGGAUAAAUUGAAUAAACUCACCAAUUCCCGUCCCUAUGAGCUGCUGAUUCUUAUGGAAGAUUGGGAAAAUGAUAGUCGUUUUGCCAGAUACGAUCAAUUCAUAAUUGGCAACGAAGCUGAGAAAUAUGUCCUCAAGGAGUUGGGUAAAUACAGUGGUUCCGCUGGAGAUGCCUUGGGCUAUUCCUUGGGUCAGAAAUUCACUACAAAGGAUCAAGAUAAUGAUGUUUGGAAUAAAAAUUGUGCUGUUGAAUUUACCGGCGCCUGGUGGUAUAAGGAUUGUCACAGGAGCAAUCUCAAUGGCCGUUAUAUCAAAGGCGGCAACACCACUGUCUUUGCCCAAGGUGUUGAUUGGUAUCCAUGGAAGGGACAUUAUUAUUCGUUGAAAUUUGUUGAAAUGAUUUUACGUCCCACAUAGAAAGGACAAUUUAUGCACAUAAACUACAAAUAUAAAUUCUUAAAUAACGAAAUAAAUGUGAAUUUGAAAAUAUUGCUUUAUGACAAUAAAAAUAGAUUUCAAGAUAAUGGCAAAACAGUGU